AUGGCAUCAGGAAAGGACACUUGUCCUAUCUUACCCAAACUCACCAACACCUGCUCUGAAGAGAGUCCACAUAAGCCUGCUAAUAAGUAUAGUGAGAUUCAUUUGCCACGCUUUUCAUUAAGGCAAGGGAUGAUCCCAAGACGUUAUGUUAUGCCAUGGAAAGAGAACAUGAAAUUCAGGAAUGUGAAUCUGAAGCAAGCAGAAGCAUGUGGGAUCCAUACUGGCCCUUUAGAAGACUCUCUGUUUUUGAAUCGCAGUGAAAGACUUUGCCAUGGGGAAGAUCGUAAAGUUGUCUUGAGGAAAGGCCCAUCAGAAAUAAAAAUUGCAGAUAUUCCUUUGCAUUCGCCUCUCUCCAGAUACCAAAGCACUGUGAUUUCCCAUGGCUUCAGGAGGCGACUGGUCUGA